CGGCUGUUGCGCAUGCGCAGCUAAUGUAACAAGAUGGCGGAGAGUGCGGAACUGAAGCAAAUGGUAAUGAGCCUUCGAGUUUCGGAGCUCCAAGUGUUGUUGGGGUACGCAGGACGGAAUAAGCACGGGCGCAAACACGAACUUUUGACCAAAGCUCUCCACCUACUCAAGGCUGGUUGCAGUCCUGCAGUGCAGAUGAAGAUCAAAGAGCUCUACAGACGACGCUUCCCAAUCAAAAUGGUUUCGCCGGUGGACCUGGCCCUGCCCGGUGUUCAUUCUGCCUCCAGUCUGCCCGCCGGCCUUGCCCAGCUGGGAUUUGACAGCCACGGAUCCCCGUCGCCUCUGCUGCCUGUUUCUUUACUUGGCCCUAAGCAUGAGCUGAGUUUGCCUCACCUGCCCUCCUCCCUGCACCCUGUACACCCUGAUGUCAAGCUCCAGAGAUUGCCAUUCUAUGACGUGCUGGAUGAGCUCAUUAAGCCAACCAGCCUGGCCUCAGACAACAGUCAACGGUUCCAGGAAGCAUGUUAUGCCUUUGCAUUAACACCACAGCAAGUUCAACAGAUCAGCAGCUCCAUGGACAUAUCUGGGACCAAAUGUGACUUUGCUGUUCAAGUUCAGUUAAGAUUUUGUCUAUCAGAGACAAGCUGUCCCCAGGAGGAUCAUUUUCCCCCUAAUCUGUGUGUGAAGGUCAAUGGCAAACCCUGUAAUCUCCCAGGGUAUCUUCCUCCAACCAAAAAUGGAGUUGAACCAAAAAGGCCCAGUCGCCCGAUCAACAUAACCUCUCUUGUCCGUCUGUCCACCACAGUCCCCAACACAAUUGUUGUGUCAUGGACUUCAGAAAUUGGGAGGAGUUUUUCCAUGGCUGUUUACUUGGUAAGACAGCAGUCAUCUGCAGUAUUGUUGCAAAGACUACGCUCCAAAGGAAUUAGGAACCCUGACCACUCAAGAGCUCUGAUCAAGGAGAAAUUAACAGCUGAUCCAGAGAGUGAGAUUGCCACCACCAGUCUACGAGUCUCUCUCCUGUGUCCUCUUGGCAAAAUGAGGCUGACGAUCCCAUGCAGAGCACUAACAUGCUCACACCUGCAGUGCUUCGAUGCAACACUUUAUAUCCAAAUGAAUGAGAAGAAGCCAACCUGGGUGUGUCCAGUCUGUGACAAGAAGGCGCCAUAUGAGCACCUCAUUAUUGACGGGUUAUUCAUGGAAAUCUUAAAUAGCUGUUCUGACUGCGAUGAAAUCCAGUUCAAAGAAGAUGGGAACUGGUCCCCCAUGAGGUCAAAGAGAGAGGUGCAGGAGUUGUCUGGUUCUUUUAAUGGUGUGGACAGCGAUUCGUCUCGGACAGAUACACAUGAGCAGAAACGGGGAUCGUCUCAUGACAAUGGCAAGAAAGUUGAUGUGAUUGACCUGACACUGGAUAGCUCCUCAGAGGAUGAGCUAGACGAUGAGCCGCCUCCUAAAAGGGCCUGUCCCUCACUGUCACCUGUCUCUCCACCUCCAAACAAAGGAGUACUGAACCUACACAGCCAGGCCUCACCUGUGACCAGAGCUCCCAGCAUGCCCCCUGUGGAGACAAGCUACAUUCCUCCCCCUCCACCUCUUAUCCAGGACUAUCGCCACUAUUAUCACACAACUAAUGACCUGCCAGAUCUAAGUUUCUUCUCCUUCCUCCAAGGCGACAAUCAGCAUUACAACAUGGUGAUGGCUGCAGCAGCAGCUGCUUCAGCCUCAGCCUCAGAGGACCACGACCUGCUGCUCAACCGUUUCCUGCCCUACGGCUCCUCUCAGAUGUUACGGGAGCAGCCGGGCACCCCCGGGAGCAGCACGUUGGCAGCCACCAACGGAGGCAGUAACAGUGGCAGCACCAGUAGUUUGGUGUCUUCCAGCAGUCUGCGAGACCGCGACAAAGACAGAGAGCGAGACAGAGACAGGGACAGCCACACCAUCUCAGGAUUGUCAAGGUCCUCAGUGGAGGCUGCAGCAGCGGCAGCCAUUUAUGGCUCCAUAUCGGACGUUAUCUCUCUUGACUAGACCCACAGAGAACUGAAAGACAAGGGAGACCUCGAGAACGGGAGUUCAUUGUAAAUAAGGAAGAGGAAGAUGAAAGAAUACAGUGCUAUGUACAGAGAGGAAAAUCUAUUUUCAAUUUUACUUAUCAUAUGUAUAUAAACUUAGGACGCUUCUUGUCCGGUGAGUUACUUCAGUUGAUAUUUUUCUGUGAAUACUGAAGACUUUUUCACACCUCUUCAUGUGGUCCUUUGAUUAUAUUGUACCUUUUGUACCUGGUUUUUACAGUUUUGUUUCGAUAUUCCAUGUCAAUGGCAUUAUUUCAGUAUAAUGUUAUGUGCACAGAACCCAAUGAGGUGACACCUUAUGGAAGAUGACAUUUAGAAUAUAAAGAAAAUGGGCAUUGUUAUAGAUGUACAAAAGGCAAGUCACAUCGGAACACGAAAAUGUAUAACACUUUCUUUAUUUUCUAAAUGGCAUAGUUUCUGUCAAAUGUUUUGACAGCAGAAAGAUCUGGCCAUUUUUGCCAUCACUGUAGAUUUUUCUGUAAGACAUUCAUGCUGUGGUCAUAUUAUUUUUAAAUAAUUAUUUAUGAUGUAAGUUAUGUUGGAUGUAUGCUGUUUUUUAAAGAAGCAUUCCCUAUGCCUCUAGGAACUGUUGCCACUAGAAUUGCAAAAGCAAACGCUAGAUCCUUCUGUUGUCAUAACUGCACCCUUCGCUUGUUUGAGUCAAAUCGAAUAUGAACAAUAUUGUAUAGUUCAGACUGUACCUAAAACACAUGUGAAUUGGGAGUAAGUCAGUAUUGUAAGACCAGGCUUGUUCAGUGUGUGAAUGAAUGGCAAUAGUCCAGCAAGCAGGCCUCUGUCGUUAAAUGACACAAUUGGACCUUUUAAGAUUUGCAAUGUUGUGUAUUCGUCUUUAAUCUGUUUUAUUUUGCAUAUAACACGUUAAAAUAUACACAGAAAACUACAGUGAAGUGGCCAGUCAACACUGACACAUUUCUGCUCCACUGUCAAGACUAGGCUAGUUUCUGGUCCACUUGAGGGGAUUCUUUAAUUGAAAGGCUAACAAACUGUUAAAUGAAAUGGAUGUAAGUGGGUUAAUAACAUUUCACAAUUUCUUUUUGUUUGAUUUUAGCACUUGCUUUUUUACAUAAAGGCUGUGUGGAGCAGUGAAGAGUUCACAGUUGCAGUAAACACUUCAAGUGUAGUUUUCAGCUCUGCAUGUCUUUGCGAAGUACCUAAAAGCUCAUAUGUUUGAGUGCCACGCUGUCCCUUAGUGAGGCCACAGGAUGCAUAGCCUCCUUUGUUAAGUGUACUAUUUGCAGCAGCCUCUAAGUUAACUGUAUCACAGAAUGCAUUUUGGCCCAGAAGUUAAAAUCAUUUAAAUUUUUAUGGAUGACUCCCUUCCCUUUAUUUUUCUUGACUUGUGCUUACAAUUAGGAUUAUUUAUUAUCAUAUAUAUUUUCAGCAUUUGUUUGAUUUGUGGAUAUGCAUUGCUGUCAUUGUAUGUGAUAUUUCUUUUGUAAUUAUAUAAUUAAUGCUAUUUAAAGAUGUCAUUGUUGCUUGACAUGCAUUGUAACAUUUUCUGUUUCUCUGUCCGUUUUACUAUCAGAUGAUGUCAAUAAUUCAAUAGAGGCUUUGAUCAUUUUGAACCGCUACAAGGUCUACUGUGCUGUUUGAUAUUUGUAAGAAUUAAACAGAUAUAAGAAAGUGUA